CCGGCCGCCCGGCCGCCAGCCCCCUCUCCACGUCCGCCGCCACUCCCUCGCCGCCGAGCCCGGCCGAGGGGGAUGCUCCGGGUCCCACCGCCGCGGGGAGCUGCGCAUUUCCGCGCGCCAGGGCGGCUCCGGCUCCGGCCGGCCCUCUCGGCGGCCGCCCGCGUUCCGCGUCCCCGGGAAGUUGUCUGCGGAGCCCGCGGCGCCUGGGUCUCCUCCCCCUGAGCCCCGCCCCUCCGCCCCGAGCUGGGAGCCGCAAGCCGCCCGGCCCGGGGGCGUCGCCGCUCGCUCCUCGGAAGCCAGCGAGUCUCCGCUUCCCUGCGCGGGGCGCGCGUCCCCUGCCUGGCCAGGGACCCCCGCGCACCCCCGAGACGGCGCGCGCCCAGAGCGCGGGAGCCCGGAGCGCCGGGCGCCUGGGACCCCGCGGAGCCGCUGCCCAGCCCUCGGGGCUCGGCAGGGAUGCAGGCUGCGCUGUGAGCCCCGGCGCCAGGGCCAUGUCCGGCGCCCGCUGCCGGACCCUGUACCCCUUCUCCGGGGAGCGGCACGGCCAGGGGCUGCGCUUCGCCGCGGGCGAGCUCAUCACGCUGCUGCAGGUCCCGGACGGAGGCUGGUGGGAAGGCGAGAAGGAGGACGGGCUCCGCGGCUGGUUCCCGGCCAGCUACGUGCAGUUGCUGGAGAAGCCUGGAAUGGUCCCCCCUCCGCCGGGAGAGGAAAGCCAGACCGUCGUCCUCCCACCGGGCUGGCAAAGUUACUUGUCCCCUCAGGGCCGCCGCUACUAUGUCAACACGGCCACCAAUGAGACCACCUGGGAGCGUCCCAGCAGUUCUUCUGGGAUUUCAGCCAGCCCUGGCCCUCACAGGAGCUCUCUGCCUCCAACAGUGAAUGGAUACCACACGUCAGGGACCCCAGCGCACCCUCCCGAGACUGCCCACAUGAGUGUCCGAAAAUCCACCGGUGAUUCCCAGAACCUGGGAUCCUCGUCACCAGGCAAAAAGCAUAGCAAGGAAAACACCAUCACGAUAAACUGUGUGACGUUCCCUCACCCAGACACAAUGCCAGAGCAGCAGCUGCUGAAACCAACCGAGUGGAGCUACUGUGACUACUUCUGGGCUGAUAAGAAGGACCCCCAAGGCAAUGGCACCGUGGCUGGGUUUGAGCUGCUGCUUCAGAAACAGCUGAAGGGCAAACAGAUGCAGAAGGAAAUGUCGGAGUUCAUCCGGGAGAGGAUAAAGAUUGAAGAAGAAUAUGCGAAGAAUUUAGCUAAGCUCUCUCAGAACUCCUUGGCUGCUCAGGAGGAGGGCUCCCUGGGAGAAGCGUGGGCACAGGUGAAGAAGAGCCUUGCCGACGAGGCUGAAGUUCACCUCAAGUUCUCUGCCAAGCUCCACAGCGAGGUGGAGAAGCCCCUGAUGAACUUCCGCGAGAACUUCAAGAAGGACAUGAAGAAGUGUGACCACCACAUCGCGGACCUCCGCAAGCAGCUCGCCAGCCGCUACGCCGCGGUGGAGAAGGCCCGGAAAGCCCUCACAGAACGGCAGAGAGACCUGGAGAUGAAGACCCAGCAGCUGGAGAUCAAGCUGAGCAACAAGACAGAGGAGGACAUCAAGAAGGCGCGGAGAAAGUCCACGCAGGCGGGAGAUGACCUCAUGCGCUGUGUGGACCUCUACAACCAGGCCCAGUCCAAGUGGUUUGAAGAGAUGGUGACCACCACACUGGAGCUGGAGCGGCUGGAGGUGGAGAGGGUGGAGAUGAUCCGGCAGCAUCUGUGCCAGUACACGCAGCUGCGGCACGAAACCGACAUGUUCAACCAAAGCACAGUGGAGCCUGUGGACCAACUGCUUCGAAAAGUGGACCCAGCCAAAGACAGGGAGCUGUGGGUGAGAGAGCACAAGACAGGCAACAUCCGCCCCGUGGACAUGGAGAUCUAGACGCCCGGCCUGGGGGUCCUGCCGAGGAGGGGCUGGGGGGUCCCGCGGAGAGGAGGUGGCACUCCUGCUGCGGGGGGGGGGGGGCCUGCUGCCCAGCGGGGCUGCCCUCCCACCCGGUCUCCUGGUCCACUGAGGAGGCGGGACAGUGAUGCCAGAAGGGCAGCCCGGGUGGCCCGCCCCACGGGGAGCUCCCCCGUGUUCCCAGGCCGAGAAGGUAGAUCCACAGCCCCGCCCUUGUCUCCGAGCCUGAAGCCCCCCGAGGCCCGUGCCGUGCUUGCCACUCCAACAGCGGACCGAGGCUGGAACUCUGUGGUCCCUGCUGCGCACCAGAGGGGUCCCCUCCCCACCCAGAGCCAGCUGUGUCACACCAGCGUGCGUCCCUGGAAGCCCCGAGGCCCUUCCUGCAGCUGGCCCCCUUGUCUCCAGGGCUUUGGAGGGGCGGGGGAGGGAGGUCUCCGUCUCCAGGCCAAGGGUCAGGAUCAGAAUUGCGGACAGAAGGCACCGUUCAGCGCAACAGCCCGCACCCAGAAUCCUUUGCAGCAGUCCUCCCUCUUUAUUUUUUCCCGUUGCAUAUUCUGGGAGCCCAGAUUCUGGCUCUUCUCUGCUAGUCUUCUUCAUUGGGAGUCUAGGGAAGUCUUGGGUCUGUUUUCCCAGACUGACCCUGCCUGGAGAGGUCAGGAUGGAACUACCUCAUUCAGCAAAUUUGCCCCAAGUUGAAACAUCAAAUCGUGUUUCCUCUUAGAUCAGGCAUCAGUGUCACGUGCUCUCUCCGGGCAUCCCAGUCCACCCAACCCACAGCCGCUUCCUCAGGGAAGCGCCCUCCUCCACCCUCGCCAGUCCCGGGGGCUGGGUCAGUCCCACGUGGGAGGUGGGUUGGAGCAAGUCUCUGUCUCCCCCCAGAUGGCUCCGCCUGCCUGUGCACGGUGGGGUUGGGACCACUGUCCCAUGUACGGCUCUCACUGGUGGGCACUGUGCAGGCAUCGCAGACUCCCGUGGCCGCAGAGACGUUUCACCACCCAGGCAGUCCGGCACCUUGGCCUCUCAGCUCCUCCUGCACAUUCCAGAGCCCCGCACGGAGCCCGGGCUUGGUGCUGGUACCCCCUUGCCCUUUCCCCAUCUCCCCGUUCCUGGGAGAGCCUGGUCUGAGCGUGACCUUGGAAGCUUUCAGCACUGCCAUCAGGUCCUCACUCAUCACUUUCUCCCUUACACGUUAAAUCUUGAGAAUCAGCUCGAGGGGACCAGAAGAAGAAAAGGGCUGGAGGAGGUCAGACAGCUCGCAAGGGGUGCAUUCUAGCCUGGAACCCACACCCUGAGAACCCAUCUUUCUUGUUAACCUUUCCCAUUGAUUACUUUGGAUUCACAGGACUCAUAGGUCUCUCAUAAGGGCAGACGCCUAAGAGGACAACUCACUGGUCCUUCUCGCCGUCGUUCAUGCUGGUAACUGAUGACUUGUGGUUCUCGAAUCUUUUGGCACCUCUGUCUUUGAGCCAGUGUGGCGCUCAUGGUCCUAAUAGAAAGAUGCCAAAUAGCCUAAAGCCUAAAACCAAGCUUCGCCACUUUUCUCUUCUUAUUGAAACAUCCCAACCAGAAAGGUCAACGGGAAGGCCUUCACCCGCAUGAAGGCCAUCAGGACGGAUCUGCAUCUGCAUUGGAGCAGCACUCCUUCUGGUCUGGGGUUGGGCUAUGACACCAGCUGCCAGUUUGGGGUUAUCAUUUCUUUGGUUUCUUUAUUAAAAAUGGGUGCUAGCAGUA